CGGAGUUCGCAGAGGGCGGGAAGAGUAAACAUUUUGAGUGUUUGGAAUGAAAACUGUGAAUUGUAGUGAAGGGGACUAGCGGCCCAAGUGGUUAUUUCAGUGAGGCAGUGAGGAUGUAGGAGAGAUGCGCGCGCCGGCCGCAGCGGCGCUCUUGCUCGCCGCACUAGCAGCCCUGCCUUGUCGAGGUACUGACGCCGACGCCACUUCAAAAAUCUUCAAUGAAACCGAAACCGGCGCUCUCCCGACCAUCAACAAACUUUAUCAAAUGCUUCAUACUACUGUCUUACAUAAUCACACGAAACUUGAUGACUUCAAUUCUAGUGUUAAUGUCAACAGUUUAAACUUAUACGGUCUAUCCACUUCUAUAGAUAAGAAACAUGAGUGUUGUCAGAUUGAUGAAGACACAGAUGUGCGGGAUGAAGGGAAUUCGUCCAAAGGUGCUCAAGUAGUUGUACAGAAGAUAGAGUUAGAUGUAAAGAGGAAUAGAAAGAAAAGGUUUGUGAGUAUAGUGAGGACAGAUGGGAAUGUGACAGCGAGUAAUGUGAUUAAGAAAUUGGAGUCGAGUACAAUAGUGUCGGUGCCAAGUCCACCAGUAGCAAUGGAGAGGAAACGCAAGCCUGGAGAGACGGGGUCGAGCGCGCCACUGCUGAACUACAUCUUCGAUGCAUAUUCCAAUACACACCAACACAGAAAUGGGGCAACCCGCGAUGGCAUCUACGCAGCUGCAGCCCCCGAGAUCGAAGCCCUAGUGGGCUCCACCGCGCAACUGGACUGCAAGGUGGACGCCCUGCAUGAUAAACUGGUAUCGUGGGUUCGACGAAAAAACGACGAAGAACCUAUGAACUUACUCACUACAGGCACACAACUAUACACAGCCGAUGAAAGGUAUUCGGCGCGAUUUAUCCCCCCAGACAUUUGGCGGUUGGAGGUGCGUGACGUCAGACCCUCAGACGCAGCCCACUACGACUGCCAACUGUCUGCGCACCCGCCACGCACUGCACGAGUCACGUUGAGGGUGCCUGAAGUGUCAGUGCGCAUAGUAGACGGCGCAGGCGCCGGCGUGUCAGAACAAGUAUGCGAGAUGGGCAGCACCGUGGCCCUGCGCUGCGAGGUCCGAGGACUCCGCAUGGAGGGGGGACCCUCUCUCCUCUGGUACCGGAGGGAAGCGCUGCUUAAUGACGACACCACUAGAGGAGGAAUUAGUGUCCGGACGGAGUUCGGCGCGAAUGGCGCAAACUCGGUGCUGCGUGUGGCGCGCGUGCGCAGCGACGACGCCGGACGAUACACAUGCACCGUGUCCCGCGCGCCACCCCCCGCGCCGCCACCUGCGCAUGUCAUGCUACACGUCAUUAAAGGCGAAAGUUUGGCAGAGCUACACCAAGGUAGGGGAGGAAAACUAUCGGCAAGUUACACUUGGAUAACCAUCAUUUUGGUGCUAGGCGCCACUUUAUACGCGUAAUAUAUAAGUUUAUCAAAUAAAC